AUGACAGACUAUAUGGGCAUGAAAACCAUCCUGACUGCAGCCAUGUUGCUGUUGAGCUCCGGUAGGUCUGUUUGAAGAGGGGAACUAAGUAGGCUGUUUAAGUUCAAGCUUCUUUAAACUGAAAUAUGAUGGUUGUUGAUACUUCUGUAUUACAGUAGGGUUAAAACAACUCAAACACCAGGGUGGGGUCCAGGCUUUGGUGGUUUAGUAAAUGAUACAUAGUGUUAUAUGUGUGCCAGUAGAUGUAUGUGCAAAUACAAACCUUAAACUACCUUGAGUAGCAGUGAUUUUAAGCCUUGAUUAAGAAAUGUUGCCUCGAUAAGGAGCUUGUGUUCAAAGUCACAUGUUAAUGAACAUACAAGGUUGUCUUUCAUGUUUAUAUGUCAUCAGUUAAAUACUUGGGUAAAAGUUGAUAGAGGAUAAUGCUCUGUUGUGCAUUUCACAGGGCGAAUGUAGCUUUAAUAUAACUCAGACUGCAGAACAUCUAAAUAUCAUUCUCAUUAUGAGUUAUCCAUGUUUUCUUUUUCUUUUUUAAAAUUAAACUCUAAAUGCAAAUAGUUUAAACAUCUUCCAUCAUGCAGACUUAUCUGUAGCCGGGGCAGAUCAUGACUUUUUGAUUGGGGUGAACUUUACGAACUCCACAAAUCCUACUCACUGAAACUCAUGACAUCAAAGUGCAAAAAAGAUGGUUUAGUAAGUCACACAGCAGAGUGCAAGGUUAAAAUCUUCACUUAAAUCUUUGAGGACUUUAAGACAUCAGGGCUGUCCAACCUUUCAAUUCUUUUAACCAUAAUUGGUUCUGGGUUUCAAAAAGUAAUUGCAAUUAUUUUGAAAAUGCAUUUAUUUUGAAGUUUAGAACUUCAAAUGUACAAAUUGGUUAGCAACUCUUUUCAGUGUAUUGAUUUGGGAAUCAAAUGAUUGCAAUAAAGUUCACUUAAUGAUCUUGGCUUUUAGAUUGAAUAUUAUUGUGCUGUGUUGUAGUGCUGCACUACUGCACAAGUGCGGCCUGGAGUUAAAACACAGCGGUAGGAGACAGCUUUGAUGUGCUUAUCCUGUAAAGUGCAGUAUUUAAGUAUCUUUUUAAAACUCCUCUCAGGAACUCUCUGUUUGUUCCAACUUUAGUGCCCCCUGUGGACAAAGCAGCCUUUGCUUAUCUUGUCCUCUUGUCCAUCCUUAAGUUUACCAGAAAGCUUCAUUGACGGUUAAAUGCGUAAUUUAUGGCGAGUAUCUUAUAUGGGAAAUGUAAAACCAGGACUGUCUAUUCAGCUGCGAGGCUGACACCGACCCACUCGCACUAGUUUUAAGCAUACAAAAGUUAUACAAAAGUCAAUACAAAAGUUAUCAAUCAGCUCGCUUUUCUUGUGUGCUUUUGGAUAUCAUGAAAAAGGCAUCAACAUCUAUUUCAGAGAUGUGGGAAAAAAAACACUCCCCACAGGAACUUUAAUGAGGUGUCAAUGCAGACAGCCAGAGAAACGUCAAAAAUAAUCAUUUUUAGUAAAAACAAAAAGAGGUGUGUCAGACUGAAGUCAAAGAAAAAAAAAAAAAAACUACCAGCCAGCCUGUUGCAACACAGCCUUUAUCUGAACAGAGUCAUUUAUGAAGAGCCUUAACGUGUUUUCUCAGUAUUAGAUUCAGUGCAUUUUGAUCUUUUGACCUUUCCUUCCUCAGGACUCCAGGCUGAAGAGGAUCAUUCAACAGGUAACUGGGGAGAGCUAAAAACCACACAGUAACAAGGUUUUGGUUUUUGUUAAAAAAUAGAAUAAAUCUCCCUGCGGCAGUAAAACCUUCUUGUUUCUGUUCAGAGUCUGGUAACAUCAGGCUGAGAGGAGGUGCCAGCCGCUGUGCUGGUGGACUGGAAAUGAAAUUCAACAAUGAAUGGAAAUCAGUGGAUGACCCAAAGUUUGGCUGGAACUUGAGGACAGCAGCUGCAGUGUGCGAAGAGUUGAAAUGUGGAUCUGCUUUAUCAGCAAAAGUUCAACAAAGUUUCACGAGGAGACUUGUGUGGAAAAUAGAGGCAUCCAGUUUUCAGUCUGGAUUUGCACUGGGACACAAUGUAUCAAUGAAGGCUCAGUAUUCAGCCUCCAGCUUGGAGAUCAUCUGCACAGGUAAAAUUACUGGUCACAAUAAUAUCAUAAUACAGUGGUUAUUCUUAAAUCAGCAAGAACUAUAUUUGUUGGUUCUAAUUUAUCUAAUUUUGCCCCCGUCCACAAAAUGUUUUAUUUUUAGAACGUGUAUUGUAAUCUGGUCACAGAAAAUAUAACAUUUUCAAUCAGAUAUACAGAAUUCUGAAUAUGAGUAAAUAAGUAAAUCUGUGGUCUUAACUAUUCUUACAGCUGUAGUCUCACACACAGCGCUCUCUUCUCCCUCUGCAGAGUCUGUCAGGCUGGUGAAUGGGAGCAGUCUGUGUUCAGGCAGACUGGAGGUAAGACCUCAGCAGUCUUGGUCCUCGGUCUGUAAAGAUGGAUUUGACCAGCGGGGAGCCGAGGUUGUCUGUAGAGAGAUCAGCUGUGGGGCUCUCUUGAACACACGGUCAGAGCUCCAUGCAAGUGAUAAUACUCCAGUGUGGAGGAAAGAGUUGAAAUGCAGAGGGGACGAGUCAACACUGCUGGACUGUGACAACCUGGAGUCCAAAAGAGAAAACUGCAUACCUGUUAGACUCACCUGCUCUGGUAAGAAAAAAACAGUUAGAGCUUUGGUCAUGCAACUGUGAAUUUUUACAUUUCCCUUUUCUUACCACUUUUAGGACUUCUUAUCCGUAUUAAAAUAAAGGCUGAUGUCCAUUUCUGAACAAACAAAACUUAAAUACAUGACUGUCACCAUUGUAUCCAGCAGCUAUUAUUGAGUUUCAAUCAGAUCACACAGACAAAUAACCCAUAAGAGUCUGUGACAGAAAAGAUUAAAAUCCCGGUCGGUCUACAGAAAUAUAAAAAAUAAACAUUAUUACUGCUCUGUGCUGCGGUACAAACAUGGUGGUGCAAGAUUGUGGGAGGGGACGCCCUCCUCUUAAGAUAUAAGAGGCUCAUUUUAAGAGGGCAAAGAGAAAACAAUUGUGGUAUUUAGUUGGUUACACACUUGCAUGUUCAAGAAUAUGACAUACUAAGGCUACACAAUAUUACCAGCAUGAUACUGGUACCAGCAGAUAAUGGCAGAUAGCGUAAGGCAAUAAAUGUACUCUUUGAUUUCAUGAAUUACUUCAGUAAACAUGACAAAUAAGUCUGUAUCAAUAGUUAGUUUUGAAUCUUUUUUCAGUGCGUUUUGCUCAUUUAGCAACUAAUGUCCCAGUUUCAAUAAAAAGUGAUAACAAAGCAGCAUAUGCCUGUGACCAACUGUUAAUAUCUUGUAGUCAUACUAUGCCGCAGAUAGCGGCAAAUGCUCUACACCUUUAAACUGGAGUGGUGGUGAUCAUAGCAAGAGUUGAGAUGGGACUUGUGCCCUAUCAAUAGUUUGUUGAAGGGUGUGUCAACUGCAAAACCCCAAGAAGAGGAAGAGCUAAUUCAGGGAGAAAUGUCAACAGAAAAUUUACUGCAGAAUUCUCCUAGUCUAACAUUACCUUCAACCGAAAUGUCCAAUUUAAUAGUAAUUUACUCCUGGUGGAGGUUGAUAAGAACCUGUUGCUAGGUGUUAGCAACCAAAGAGGAGAAUUUUUACAAGCUAAAUGCAUGAACUUGAAAUAAUUAAAGUCAUCUUUAAUUCCAAAUUUUGUGCCAGCUUUUUUAUGGAUUCACUCUGGAGCUAAGUAAUAUGUAGAAUGUCAUUAUCUGGCUAGAGACCCUGCUACUUUGCGUUGGGGUCCUGUUCACCUUGUAGGAAUUCUAAUUUACAUAACCACCCACUUGUUAAACAUAAUCUUCUACAUGUUUAUCAGGUAUACUAUUAUUUGUUGCAUUGCUUCAGUUUUGUAUGCUGUUUAUCAGCUAAAACCUGCAAGUAACACUGCGACUGAGGGACUAUUAAGGUCAGACUUUAUUGAUGCGAACCUCUAAAAGUCACAAAGAUUGUGGAGGACAUAAUAUUUGGAUAACAAGUGUCAUGAAAGUUUGAAAUAUGUUACUCUGGAUGAAUGUGCUUGACACAGAUGUAUUCCUUACAUGGCUUUGUUUCACAAAAGUUGACUUUGUGGACCCUUUAAAAUGAGACUGUGCUGAGAAUAAAAAAAAUAUCUCUGAAUCCUGUUUCUUUUCUUUUCUCUAUUCAGAGCCUGAUAAUCUCAGGUUGGUGGAUGAGAGCAGAUCCUGUGCUGGUGUAUUGGAAAUGGAACUCCAGGAUGAAUGGAAACCAGUUGAUGGCCUGGCAGAGGACAUAACGUCUGCAACCACUGUGUGCAGACAGCUGCACUGUGGCUUUGCUAUGUCUGCUAAAAUAAAGCCUCGUGCAAAAACAUUUAUGUGGGGGAUCACAGCCUCUGGAGUUGAGUCUGGAUCUGCACUGAGGGAGCAUGUAUCCGCUCGGCAAUGGUUCUCUUCAUCGAGCAUGGAAAUCAUCUGCUCUGGUAACAUCUUAAGAUGUAGUAUGACUACAAGAUAUUAACAGUUGGUCACGGGCAUAUGCUGUUGUGUUAUCACUUUUUAGUAAAACUGGGAGAUUAUUUGCUAAAUGAGCAUAAUGCACUGAAAAAAGAUUCAAAACUAACUAUUGAUACAGACUUAUUUGUCAUGUUUACUGAAGUAAUUCAUGAAAUCAAAGAGUACAUUUAUUGCCUUGCUGCAUAGUCCAAUGCAUUUGAGGCCAUUAAAUCUGACAUCUAUUGUAAUGCAGUCAGCCUUUGCUGGUCAUUAGAAAGAGUGCAGUUCAAGGCAUUGGUUUUACAACUUUCAUCCAUUAGCCAUGACAGAAACCGUCACAUGAUUACAUGUCAGGAUCAUGCUAUUAUUCAACUUCCUUGUGAUUAUUUAUUUGUGCAAACAGCCGUAGACCUACAAAGAUUUACCUUAGAAAAUGGUAAUGAGUGCUAGGAAAAAAGCUGGAUGUGUUAUAUGUGUUUUUCCUUUUAACAAAUGAAAGAACAGAUUCAUUCAUUCACCACGUCCACACAAUAUGCAAAUUCCCCCAAAGAGCAGUCAAACCAAUUUGCAUGCUUUCUUGCUGCUCCAGGGAAACUUACCUGUGCUCAUCCAAGCUUUCUUUGCUCUCAUUUUUCCAUCUCAGAGGCAAAGAUUCUCAAUCUCAGCACUCCAGAUAACAAUUCAACGUUGAAUCGGACAGGUGUGUGUCAUUAAUGUUAUUACCGUUCAAAAAGAAAGAUAACCCAAGAGUAUGUAUUUAUUUGUAAGUAGAUCCCAUUUAACAACAUGUAAUACAGCUUAGUUAUUUGUUUAAAUACCUGCCAAUUCGAAUGAGCUCAAAUCAAACAAUAAAUAUGACUGUUUAAGAAAAUGUAUAAUUUUUUGAUCAUCCAGCAUUGCAUUUCAGCAAAUAAAGAAUAAAUCAAACUGCUAAAAUAUUCAUCAAUACUCACUACAGUAUAUGUGUUAUUCCAUGGCUUGAUCUGAUUGUUGCUCAUCUGUUUUUCAGCUCUUCCAAACAUUUCCCUUGUGAGACUGGUGUACCUGCUGCUUGCUCUGGCAUUGUUUCUAUUUGCGAUGCGUUUCUAUGAUAAGGUAAGGUGCAUGGUAAAGAGAACUGGUGAAGAAAACUCAGUGUGUGUACUGUACAAUCAGUGAGUGAUCCAGUGAUUUCUUCAUAUUUGCUGUCAUGUGUCUCCAGGCCACCAGAGGGCAGAAGCCGGCAGAGCAGGACAACAUUGAGCUUAACAGCUAUCACCUUGGUGCUACCAGAGCUGGAGGACCAAAUGAGGAGGCCUCGGAAAUAGAGCUCUGA